AUAACACUCCGAUAUUACGCUACUGGCAGUUAUCAAAACGUGAUAGGAGAUAUAUUCCAUGGGGAAAUCAAGCUGAAAGGUUUCGGAACAGAAAAGAGAUUUUUUAUUAAAUGUACAAAUGGUACUGCAAAAUUAUGUAACUGGAAUGUGACAGCAAAAUGGCCAGGCUCCGUAGAUAACAGUACAAUUUUUAAUGACUCUCCCUUGUGUGCUCAAUUUGAGCGAUGUGAUGCUAAUUUUGUACUUUUAGGGGAUAGUGGCUACCCAUGUCGACAUUAUUUCCUAACCCCUUUUAGUUAG